CCCCCACCUCUCCUGAUACCCUCCCCUUCCCUCCCCCCACUAUGCUGGGGUGCGUGGGGUCCCACUCAGGACGGAUUGGGGGGCUGUUGCCCCUAUUCUGAUGAGAAGGGGGGCUGCUAGAUCCAUAGAGAGGUGGAGCUGAGUGCUCACUGCAGAAGCUGCUGGCUAGGGGCAGUCCACGCGGGAUCGUGGGGUCUCCUGUGAUCAGGACCUGCUCAGGAUGCAGAAGCUGAGGCUGAAUUUGACUUGAUCCCAGGGCCCCCCUUUCUGCUCCCCCCCCACCCCUUUCCAUCCCUGGUGGUCCCCCAUCCUGUGCCCCCCGCUCCCACUCACCCUCUCGGUCUCGCGUGGAUUGGCAGCCCAGUUACAUGCAUGUCCAGUGGGGGAAGGUUUAAUUUUGAUGAUGGGGGCUCUUACUGCGGAGGCUGGCAGGAUGGCAAGGCUCACGGGCACGGCAUCUGCACGGGUCCCAAGGGCCAGGGCGAGUACUCGGGCUCCUGGAGUCACGGAUUCGAGGUCCUGGGCGUCUACACCUGGCCGAGUGGCAACACCUACCAGGGCACCUGGGCACAGGGCAAGCGGCAUGGCAUCGGCAUGGAGAGCAAGGGCAAGUGGGUGUACCGGGGCGAGUGGACCAACGGCUUCAAAGGGCGAUAUGGGGUCCGGGAGUGCACGGGCAACGGGGCCAAGUACGAGGGCACCUGGACCAACGGGCUACAGGAUGGAUAUGGCACCGAGACCUACUCUGAUGGAGGUACCUACCAAGGUCAGUGGGCUGGUGGGAUCCGUCAGGGAUAUGGAGUGCGUCAGAGCGUCCCUUAUAUAAUGGCUGCAGUUAUCCGGUCCCCUCUCAGGACCUCUAUAAACUCGCUCCGUAGUGAGCAUACAAAUGGUACGGCUCUGCACCACGAUUCUUCCUGUGCCACAUCUGGUAGCCCUGCUGUGUCUAGAGGUGGAUUUGUGUUAAUGGCCCACAGCGAUGCAGAGAUUCUAAAGAAUAAGAAAAAGGGAAUCUUUAGGAGAUCUAUUCUGAGUGGACUAAAACUGCGUAAAUCUGAGUCCAAGAGCUCGUUGGCUAGCCAGCGGAGCAAGCAGAGCUCUUUUCGCAGUGAGGCUGGGAUGAGCACUGUUAGCUCCACUGCAAGUGACAUUAACUCCACCAUCAGCUUGGGUGAGGGCGAGACGGAGCUCUCGGUCAUUGAGGACGACAUUGAUGGCACCACCACAGAAGUCUACUUGGGUGAAUGGAAGCAUGACAAACGCUCUGGUUUUGGCGUGAGCCAACGUUCGGACGGUCUGAAAUACGAGGGAGAGUGGGCCAACAAUAAACGCCAUGGUUACGGUUGCAUGACAUUCCCUGAUGGGACCAAAGAGGAGGGGAAGUACAAGCAGAAUGUCCUAGUUAGCGGGAAGAGGAAGAAUCUGAUCCCACUACGAGCCAGCAAGAUCCGGGAAAAAGUGGAUAGGGCCGUCGAAGCAGCUGAGAGAGCGAGCAACAUUGCCAAGCAGAAAGCAGAGAUCGCAGCUUCACGGACGUCUCACUCCAGGGCAAAAGCAGAGGCGGCCACAGCUGCAGCUCUCAAGGCACAGGAGGAAGCCCAGAUCGCCAGAAUCGCUGCCAAAGAGUUUUCUCCAUCCUUCCAGCAUCGGGAAAAUGGGCUUAAAUGCCAGAGGCCAAAACACCAGAACUCGAGUGAUGAUAUUGAGGUCAUUUCCACAGAGACUCCACCACAACAGGACAGCCCUGAACUUUACAGAAAGGGAACAACACCAUCAGAUGUGACCCCCGAUGACAGCCCUAUGAGAAGUCCUAUGUGCAGUCCACCCUCUACACCACCUCCAACUCAGCUGGCACCCAAGUCCAGAAAUAAAAGUGCACAUUUCUCUAGGCAAUUGUCUGUGGAUGAGGAUCGGGGUGGUGAUAUCCAGAUGUUGUUGGAAGGUAGGGGUGGGGAAUAUGUUAGGCCCAACAGCUGGAGUGAGAUUGGCGGUGGAAGAAUAGGGCCAGUGCAGGGCAACCCAUUGGGACCUUGUUCUAUCCCUGAAGAUCUUAUGAUGAAGAGCACUGGCCACAAACAUGUGGUUUCCAACCACAAACCAAGAGAAAGAUGGGCAGAUUCUCCUACCACAGUAUCAUGGACUUCACACCGGACACAUAACCAUAGUCCAAGUAGCAACCAACUUCUGGAGGUAGAUGAGGAGAAGUUGAGCAACUAUGAAAUGGAGAUGAAGCCCCUGAAGAGGAUGGAUUCUUAUAUGCAAGAAAUACACACCCAAAAAAGACAAUACAGUAAAGGUGUGCCUCGGAACCCUAAUGAAGGCCACCAAGUAGAGGAACGCAUGUAUGGAGUUCAGAGACUUAGAUUGAAAGCUCAGAACAAAGAGAACUUCAGGCCGGCAGCUUCUGCUGAGCCCACCGUGCAGAAACUGGAUACAUUGAGGUUUGGGGAGAAAGGGGAAUCUCGGCUCCUGAGACGAGACCUUACACUUUCCCCACCACAGAAAUCUUUACCUGUUGCACUAGAAUCAGACGACGAAAAUACAGUGGAGCUCAAACCUACGGGUUCCGCCCCCAUCCUGGUAGUCAUGGUGAUUUUGCUAAACAUUGGAGUCGCCAUUUUGUUUAUCCACUUUUUCAUUUGAUUGAACCGCUCCACCGUUUGCAAAAAAUAAAAAAAUGACAUUAAAAAAAAAAAAUCAUUUUAAAAA